UGUGAAAGUAUAAUGUGAUACGUUGCACGCCAUUGAAAGUGAUCUGUCGUCUUGUAUGCGUUUGUCGUAGAACAUGGCCUCGGUUAACAUAACUUCGGCUCUUAACAAAAUUGGAUUAACAAGGUUUGGUGGAAUAUUUCUCUGGCUGAUUCUUCAUCGACAGUUUGUCGGUAAGCUUAAGGCUUUCAAUGCUUUGUUUAUCACUUACAUGGUUUUCGUAUCUGUAAGUUUUUGUGAUGUAGCUUUGAUAUCAGCGGGGAUCAUGCUCCAAACAAGGUCGUGAGCGUAUGGCUGUUGAGACGGUGUAAAGCAUAUAAUUCUCAUCUUGUGUACUUGAUUCAUACAUAAGAUCGUAAAUAUUCGUAGAUCACAUGCAUUUGCGAUUCAUAGUUUUCGACUUAUCAUGGGGAGAUAGAUUCUGUCGAAGCACUGAGGAUGUCUUAAUGCAAGGUCCAAUAUAUUUUGAUAACAAUCACAUUCUUCAAAGCAGAAGAAAAUUAGCUCACAUUUAAGACGCUUUUUCCUUUAAUCGUAUGAUCGUUGAGUCAUAAAGGCUGGCUGGCUUUGUAUUUAUGUUAUUGGAUUUAACCCGUGAAAGUCAUGUUUUUGUUUAGUCAAAAUAUAACACUGACUCACAAGGAGAUAAUCUGUUUUAUUUAACGGAAUAAGGAAACCGAGAAAACUUAAGCAAAGGGGCUAGGAGCCGUAAAUUGAUUUAUUACUCUUAGUGAUCAAGUUUACAAGUGCGUUUCAACUUGAUCAAUGAUUCGAAAUGACGACAAUUUCGCCGAAACAUUCCAGGUUCCUUUGUGCAAAUUAGGAUGCCAUCUGUGGAUGUAGACAUAAAUAAGGGGAAGAUAGGCGUAGAACUUUUAUUAUGUUUAAAUUUUACGACCAAAAUAUGACACAAUCCGCUGUCUGGAAAGAUUGAAGCUCGAAAAGGAAAAACGAAUAUACACAUUGGGUUGUUGAGUCUUGCGUGACUGAUGUUAUGUUACGCGUGAUUGUUUGUCAUGCUUUUAGCUUGAACACGAUUAUGGUUUCUGUGAUCUGUCAAUUUCCCUUUCUUCUAUUGGGCGAUUGUUAUUGUGCCUAAGAUGAUAUGUGCUCUAAAUCCAUAGCAUCGCUCGCGAUUUUGAAAGAUGAACUCCAAUGUUUGCAAACGCUUUCACAUUUGUUAAUGUUUGUUUAUACUGAGGUUCUGCUUAGAGUUAGUGUUAAAUUGUUACCAAAAAUAGAGGUAAGCUUUGUUGUCAACUGCAGCUUUUCCGUGCUCAGCACUGCAAAUGCUAAAUGAGCCUAACAUGAGUUUUAGUUUUCUUUUACUAUUUUUUAACUUUUUUGAUGUUACGCAGAAGAGAAUUGACUACGUGACGUGCUUUCAUUUAGCACUCGCCUAAGGGAGGCUUACAGGCAGAAAUGGUUCAUUGGCUUUUAAGAGAUCGACAACAAUGUGUUGAUAACGGCUAAAUAUUAUUGUUUGAGGUUUCCUGCGUAAUUGGAGGUGUAAACUUAACAAUUAAUUCUUAGAAUCAUUGUGGUCAGAAAUAAAUAAUUAAGUUCUCUGACGUCGACCACAUUAAUAUCCGGAGUGUUUGUUUUGGCGCUGUGUCACAAAUGUGAAAUGCAAAAGCAAAUGCCGCUAGCAAUGUUUUAAUGUGUCUGCCUUUAUUGUUAAAUUUGAAAAGAUCCGAAGCUGUUCUUGAUCAAACUGAUAAGAGCUCCAGACAGGCACAAGGAACUGAAUUACCCUUUGUACUAAAAACCAAAAGAGAACAUAAUCUGUUUCUACGAAAAGUUUUCCUUCUUUCGAAUAUUCAGAGCCUCAGUUCAUUUUUCUAUUGUUGUUAUUUUAUAUUUUUUAACUCCUUGGACAUCCCAAGGGCAAAAGACAAGAAAGGCUCUGGAAUGCUCUUUAUAACGCAAACAUAUUGCGAGGGCUUUUUCUGCCAGAAAAUGGAUUUAUUUUAAUUCAUAGAUAUAUUAAUUUUUGCAACGUCACCCUCUAGGUGUGCCUAAUCAAGAAAAACCGGCUAUUUUAAUUUCCCAUUUAUGAAAGGUUCUUUGUCGUUAUUUAAGUGUUCUAGAUCUUACUGAUUGCCCCUCGAUCGACACCUCUCGCAGUCUGAGAUAAUCGCACGCGAUAAACGUCGAAUAACUUGCCGUCGUGAUUCUUGCCGUACCUCUUUAGUUUAAUACAAGUUGAAUACGAUGUCGUCGCUUUCAUUUGUAAAGCAUAGUUUCAGUUAUAUUCAACUUGAAAGAAAAAUGGAAGGAACAACAUCCUCAACUUCUUAUCACAAAUCAUUCUUCUCUCUACUAAAAAUUCUAAAAUUACUAAGCUAUCGAUACAAACUAGAAAGCUGGUUUUUUCUUUUCCUUCUUCUCCUUUAAGGGCAAAAUUGAUCUUCUUGCUAAUGAAUGUUUUCCUACGUGUUUUAUUCUUUAAGCCCUGACCGUCUUGAAACGUUCUUUCAGUGACGGCUUCAUAUUUUCCUUCACUCUUACGAUAAUUUUCACCUUAAAUUUGUGAAUUUUUUAUUAUUGAAAUUGAAAAACAAUUGCUGGACUGACAAGAACAUCUCUUAUUGGGGGGAAGGGGUGGGGACUUUUGGUAAGAAGUCAUAUUGUAUAAAGUUCUCAAAAUGGUAGGUAAAAUUUUGGGCGUGCAGUGAUAUUACGUAAUAUCUUAAAAGUGGCUGCUACUUUGGCUUACAAAAAGGAAGCAGUUUAGUGAUCAAUAAUUUUACCACCCCUCUCCUAACACAAGAUUCAUGGAAAUCAAACUACACCAUUCUAGAAAUGUAGCGAACGAAUAUUUUAACAAAAGUAACUAGAAGUGAUCGAAUAUUUUGCAAAAAUAAGUGAUUUAGGGUUAUUCAGUUUAAAUCCAUUCUUUAAAGAACAGUUACCUCUUAGUUCAGGAUAAACAAAAUUUGGAGUGAGUGAAAAGUUAUAUUGGUGGGAACGCUCUUACUGUUAAUGUCAAUUUUACGUUCGUGCAGCUGAGACAGGAAAAACGAGUACUUAGAGGGAAAAGAGGGCUCCCUUGGCACUGCCAUAACCGUUAUUGUAUCUGUCAGCUUGGGUAGCAUAGCAUUGGGAUUACUUCAAGUUGCUUUGUAAACAGGUCAAUUGAAAAAGGAAGUGUGUUUACCUUUUAACUCUCAUGAGUGAUCAAGACAGAAUUUUUCCUUCUCCUUAAUUGAUCCAAUAUUCAAUUUUCCGAACUGACGUAAGGCAAACAAUAAGGAGAAUUCAGUCCUUAUGAGAUCUUGGGUGUGAAAGGGAUAAUAAUAUGGUUACCCUCUAAGGAGGGUAACUGUUACUCUUCUCUGUAUGAUAAAUUAAAAAGAUUAUGUCUUACUUCAAAAUGUUGUAGCCACUACAGUACUGUGGACAAAACCAGCCCCAAGUUGGACCCAAACGGAUUCAAAUGACAUCAGAACAGUUGAUAUUCAAGUGUUGAAGGGCAGCACCCACAUACAUCUCAGUUGGAAUUACACUUUGUCAGAAGGUUCAGAUCUGAAGACAACAACUUUUUCCAUCAAUGAUGGCAGCAGCUGGAAUGACAUUGGAGUUAUAUACCAUGCUGACAAUGACAUUGUGAUAUAUAGCAAAAAUAAUUACAGGACGCGAUUUAAUAUCAGCGAUAGUAAUGUGGCCACCCUGAUAUUAAAAAAAGUGACUGAGGAUGAACGAGCAACUUUCCAAUGCAAGCUCUCCACGCUAAGUAACUCUUGGACCUACAGUAUUCUCGUGAAUUUUACAAGUAAGUGUCAGUUUGGUGAUAUCCAUCUUAUUACAUCCGACGCAUUGUAUAAAACUCCAGUCUUAAAUCACUCUCGUUACUUUUUAUUGUUUAAUUUACCAACCAACCCCAACUGUGUCUCUUUGAUAAAAAUGUCUGGUUUUGGUAUCCGUACUUCCCCUCUGUAUUCAAUCUGUCGCAAGAUAUACUACUACCAUGACCAAACUUUCGAACCCAGUGUCGAGCUUUGGAAGGAUUUGCUAUUUUUGAUCUUCAGUCAAGACCCUUUAUAGUUACAGUAGCUGGUAGCCCCACCAAAAUGUUAUGGGGUCGAGGGCUACCCGGAGUGAUCAGCAAGCUACAGUUAUAGCACGCGUAGCUGUUCGCAUGUCUGAGAAAGUUAACAGAAAAAGCGCCCAGUUUUUCUUAAAAUGACCCCAAGUGCCCCAAAACUAUGCAAAACAGCAUAACCCAAAAACCAGCGUUAAAACAUUCUUAUAACCACGCCGGUAAGGCAAUGGUCUUUGUAUUAUCUCCUUAGAGUCAAAGAGUCUCAAUUGGGAGUGUAUAUCACAUAAAAAGCAGAACCAUGUGCAAUUUCCGCUUUGAAAGUGCAAUAGUCUGACGUAUGGGAAGAAUGGCGGUUUAAAUUGAUUUAGAAUUGACGAUUUUGGCUUAUUUUUUUGCCAGAGCGACAUCUGAAUUGGGUGGAGCGACCGUUAUCUGUUGUUGCUGUUGAACGUCACAACCUCACCCUUCGGUGGACCUAUAUGAAGAUACUUGACCUAGCGUCGUCAUUUCGAGAAGCAGAAUUUACUGAUCUUAGCAGCGGGGAAAAAACCAUUGCAGAAAAAGUGUUAAAUACUGCACCAAUCGUACAUACAGCUUAUAGACCUCGAUUUCAUGUGGAUUAUAUACAAGAUACUAUGGCGUCUAUAACAAUUGUUGGACUGAAAAGAUCAGACAGAGGAAGAUAUAGAUUUGAUGUUAAAACCCUCAGGGAGGACAUCAACGAACUGAACACGCUCUCCAGUAUCCUGGAACUCACAGUGCAUUGUAAGUAAACAAACAAAAGCUGUGUUUGGUCAUGUAAAAUGUGGCCUAUAUCUCUAAAACCAAGGUGUUUUUUUACUCAGUAUAAUGCGUAUCAUAACCAACGCAAGUUGUAACUUCAUUGGGAUGGAUCGUCAUUAUUGUGAUUGUGAUUAUCGUUAUCCUUUUUGCUUCAUCAUUAUCGUAAAGGUCAUCGAUAUCAUUAUCGUUACUUUCAAUUCUUUUCUGCAUUCAUUUUUUCGUUGUCGUUGUUGCUAAAUUCGUUUUCUUCCUCCUGCAGAAAGUGACAACGUUUACAUUUUGGGCGAUACUUGUCGCUGUUAAUUUAGGAUCAUUGUAUAUAUACGUAGCUUUUGCCAGACAGCGUGUUAUAUAACUUUCUCGUAUGGUGUUCUUUUAUUUUUGUGUUAAAUAAGCGCGGUCGCAACUAGUAAAGCAAUGUGUGGAUUUGACUUUAACGAUAGUUUACUCGUUCUCUCUCUACUUUUUCUAACUAGUAAAAUGUGAUUUAUUUUCAGAUGCGGCGAACAUGACCAAUGUUAGCGACCACCAAACUGUGCAAGAAGGAUCUUAUCUUCAACUGUUAUGUCAAGCAUUUGGCAAUCCAACCCCAAACAUAACGUGGACCAAAGUGCUUGAAAAUAGUAACGAUAGUAAAGUGCUGCAUCAUGGAACCCAUUGGAAUUUAACAAAAAUUAACAGAACUGCUUCUGGUUUAUACAACUGUACAGCUGAUAAUGGAAUUGGAAAUCCAGUGUGGCGGCUGAUAAAAGUCAAUGUUACCUGUAGGUGUAUCAUACCUUGUCACCGCUUUGAUUGGCAUUGAGAAUUUUAAUUCCCAUUAUUUUUCCGUCUCCCAAAACGUCUGGUAAACCAAAAAAUGCCUCGGUUGACGUUCAAGAAGUAUGAGUGAUAAAUAUCUUUAAUAAGGUACUUCAAAAAAACCUCUUGACCGGGUGAAAGCAUUUGUGAAAAGUACUCUUGUCGGCGUCAAGGACUGACGUUUCGACGACAUAUACAGAAACUGAAAAGUUGCUUGUCAAAGAUAGGUGAAAGGGUUAUGGUAAAUGUUCGGCCCGUUUUACUGUGAUCUUGUUUGCUACAAAAGUUAAUCAGCGUCAGCAAUUCAUCCUUACAGCAGACGCUAGCUGAAGUGGAUUAUUUUUACUCUUCUCUGCUUGUUUUUGUUACUUAGAUUCUGCUAAGGUUGUUAAACUUGCUCGCGAACAUCACGUUUCAGUACAAAGAAGUGUGCGUCUUCACUGCGAAGCCGAAGGAAAUCCUCCGCCUGCUUACACGUGGUUCCCUUGUGAUUCACAGACCCAAGUAUGUCAUGAGAGCACACUUACUGUUUCCAACGCUCUUAACUACGCCGUGUACUCUUGCAAUGUGGCAAAUGUUUUGGGCAAUGAUACAAGAGAGACCAAAGUUGUUGAUUGUUGCUUUUGAUUAAGCGAUGCUAACUUAGAGUUAUGAGGAAUUUUUACAUAGCUUCCUUUAUGAAAAUUUAAUAACAACUUCGCAGAUCUCCUUUGGUAUAACAAACGAUCACUGAAUGCAACUUAUUCCUAAAUGUAUUUAAACCUGAUCAUCACCUGCAAAUAAUUAUAUAUAUUCAAGGAAAGUUUAAUCAUACUCGGCCAAGCACUGGAAUAGCUAAUAUUAUGAAAUGAUUAAGAUUUCAGGGGGUCAUAAUCAGUCAUAUCUUUCUUUGUGGAAACCCAUAAGUCAUCAUGCUAGCCAUACCAUGCUGACGAGGCUCAGCAAGACUGAAAUAGCUGACAUAGUUGUUAACUCGGUGUCUUAAUUUUCCCGCUUAUUUUCUUUGAAAAAGACCUCACUUGACUUCCAUUGUUGCCGCUGUGUCGCCUCCAGUAGCAUAACACAGCUUUAAACUAAUGUUGCUUGUUUGUUUUAUCAAAUAGUUAUAGCAGGCAAUGUGAUAAAUGUGACACUUUAUCUGAAUCCGUGUUGUGGAAGAACCUCGAACAAAAGGUAACUAUUAGGCAUGUGACACCACCACACACGUAAAUAGAUACCUUUAUUCAGCAGAACGGUGAUGAUGUACAUAUGGGGUUCGCACUGUAUAAUUUUGCUAUCGUUUCUUGUAGAUUGAGGACCUAUUUAAAAAUGAAGGAUACAGGAGCACAGAAUUAACAAAUUACAGGUAUGUAGGCGAAAUGAAUUAUUACCUGGGUAAUCUGUCCUUUUUAUGUAUUUAGAAAGAUGUUGCUGUGGACUUACUGUGACUCAGGCAAAAACAUGAUGUAUUACAAUAGCUGGAAUUCCUACCCUACUCUUUACGAAAUGUCUGCAGGUUAUUUUUCAGUCCUCUGUUGAACUUAUUACAUUGAGGAUGCACGAGAAAGGGGCCUAAGGUUUGCAGCCAGUUACUCUGAGAUACUAGAAAGUCUUAAGGAUUUACAGCUGUUCUUAUAAGUAGACCUGUUUUUAAAUUCUUGUUUUUGUUCUGAUCCUCCAAGGUGUGGUAGUGUGAUUGUUGAUUUGGCCUUGAAGUUCAAUUCCUCUGUUAAAGAAGAGAAGGUGCUUUCAAUGCUAAAAGAUUCUUCAGAGAAUGGAGGGCUGAAAGAGUUGGGUGUAAAAGCUUCAGAAAUAGUAGGUUGGCGACCCGGAAGGCCAACUGAAGGACCCAACAGCUCAACGUAUGGCACAAAAUCUACUGAAAAUGCAUGUAAGUAGGAAUGAAAAGCGAGGAUAUCACUAGGACCAGUCCAGGACAUUAUUAGUUGCUGUAAGAUGUGGUGUGUUAUAAUUUUUUUAAUCACCUUUUAAAGUUGAUAACUUACAAGUAUAGAUAAAUCGAUGCCACUAUUGUCUCCGGAGGGGAAUCGAUUCGUUGGUAAGGCAAGCUCCUGACGUAAUUAUAUUUGCUAGGAUAUUCCGAAGUGUGGCCAACAAUAUCAAUUUUAAAAAACACUACAUGAUGGACGAUUUUUGUUUUCUUCUGUCAGAUAUAGUAAUGUUAAAAGUAGAAAACAUGAAAAACUGCUGAAAGCUUUGGCUACUUAACCUUUUUCAGCAUUGUGAUUUGCGACUCGUGACUCUUUACAUUCGCUAGCCAGUGAAUUUAAACUUGUUUGUGCUUGCAUUAAAUUGAAUGCCUCAGCUUUACAUUAGUUACAUUUACAUUACUUCCUUUCCUCAGCAUCCGCUGUACCUUCCGAACUCCUUGCUCAGAGCGGGGAUAACCAAGGUCUUAAGAAUUAGAUGAUUGUUGUUAUAGCUGGUGUUUCUGGUCUUGUCCUCCUCUUUGUCGUUAUAUUCUUACUUUGUUGGAUCAGUAAAACUCAGAAGAAGAAGAAGAAGGGCUCCGGAGGUAAGAAAAUCACGCUAUAAGUAUUACCAUUAGUGUAACACUGACACCACUAUCGUUUCAUCUUCCGCGAUUUGGAAGCAUUUUUAAUUAUGGUAUUUUUUUUUAUUUUUAUCCCCCCCCCCCUACCCCGCGGGGCGAGAAGGUUCAUGUAAAAGUAAAAGCCGCUACCAAAGCUGUUUUCCUCGACUUUGAACAUACAUGUCCAAUGUUGUUGUGUAAAUCAAGUUGGUGUCGAUUACAUCAAAAGCUAAGAGAAACGCGACUUAAGUUUGUGCCUGGUAUUCUCUUUACUUUGGGUGACAAUACGAGAGAUGGUUUCCCUUUGCUGAUACUCAACGACCACGUGAGCUUCAUGCUAAUUACUUUCAGACCUCUUUUUUAUUAUGAAUAAUUUCUUCGAGUUUACGAUGUAACAUAGUUUAAUCUGAUGAUAGUAACGGGCAUGUCAUAUUAACAAAUACUUAUACAUUUCUUUUUGCUUUCUUUCAAGAUGAAGCCGUUGACAUGUCGACUACUUCGAGGUAAAUUUUACUUUUUUCUGUUGUGAUACUUUUCAUGCGAAAGAGCGCUGUCAAAUCUGCUUUCGCUUUUUACAGGUAAAGUAAAAUUGGUUACCGGGUUUGAUCGACUAGUUUUAUUAAUUCACCAACAGACGCACCAAAUUGCGGUAAUUACAACGUUUGGCUCGCAAUCAACAACUAAUUACGUUUGUGUAGCUCCAAAUAAGCGAUCAAACGGAUCACUAAGAGAUGAAAAGUACGGCCAGGUCGCUUAGCUAGAGUGACAUUGGCGGCGUUAAAGGGUAAAUUUCCCACUUUCAAAGGCGAAUUUCAUUUGGUGAGGAGGAUCUCAUGCUGAUAAGAACACUCUUGAGGUUACUUUGUUAUACAUCAUUUACUUCAUACAAAUUGACGUUGGCGGAAGGCAAUGUUUGAUAUCUGUGAUUGUAGCUAUUUGAUACUGGAGAGAGCCUUUUUGUUGGAGUCAAACACAUUCUCCAGUUUUUGUGAUUCGCUUUAUUCAUUCGUCCGUUUCUUUUUUCUUUUUUUGUUUAGGUAUGUAAAGAAUGGCCCCCACCAUUCUGACAAGCCUAGCUCUCGCAGGGAAUCUAUUGAAGAUGAUCCAUUCAUUGCUGCGUCCACUUAUUCCCAGAAUUCAGUCGAUAGAAGGGACAGGAAGAGAGAUUCCAGUGUCAACUAUGGAUACCAACCAGACGGUAGAGAACUUAGGCUUAAGCCAACAUUCUUGAUCCAUAUGAUGCCUUAUAAGGCUAACCGUACAGAGUUUUCUUGA